AUCCCCCUCGGUAUAAACUUAUCCCGCUCCCUUCCCCUCGAACCCAUGGCUAAUUUCCUCCUAUCCCCGCUCUACCUCGCCCUCCUCCUCCUCCUCCUCCUCCUCCUCCUCUUCGCACCCGCACGUGGGGAGUUUCCUCCCACGUGCGAGCGCAUCGAGUGCCCGAGCUACGGCGUGGUGGAUGCGGGUAACGGGUUCGAGAUCCGGAGGUACAACUCCACGUCGUGGAUGUCGACGGAGGCGAUCGAGGACGUCUCCUUCGUCGCCGCCACGCGCGCCGGGUUUCUCCAAUUAUUUGAUUACAUCCAAGGGAAAAACGCCUACAACGAGACAAUAGAAAUGACGGCCCCAGUAAUAACCCAGGUCUCACCCAGUGAUGGGCCUUUCUGCGCAUCCUCAUUCAUUGUAAGCUUCUACGUGCCGAAGAAGAACCAGCCCGACCCGCCGCCGGCCGCAGGCCUCCACGUUCAAAAGUGCGGGCCUCGAUUGGUGGCGGUGCGGCAAUUCGGGGGGUUCGUCGCCGACGAAUCCCUCGGGGAGGAGGCCGCGGCCCUCAACGCCAGCCUCGCGGGCUCCAAGUGGGCCUCCGCGGCCGACAAGGCCCGGCGGGCCGACCCCGCGACCGCGUAUAUCGUGGCCCAGUACAACUCCCCCUUUGAGUUCAGUGGUAGGGUGAAUGAGAUUUGGAUGUUGCUUGAUGAUGAGGAGGCUAGUGUUAGUAUGUAGAAGCGAGUUGUUUAAAAAUGCACUUACGACUUAUACUCUGUUAUUAUGUUAAAUAAUAUAAAAUUGCUGUGUUGUUUCAUAAAUUUGAAGUUACUGGACAACGAGUGUGGUGUUUUAGUUCACUAUAUUCAACAACUGCCUCAACAAAGAAACAUAAAUAAAGCCGAACAAGCAGUUAUCUAAUGUGUA